CGAGCAAACCCGCGAUUUUCAGACCGAAUUACCGUCCACGUUAAGAGCCUACCUAAAGCAUCGAUCGAACAAGGACGCGCGACUAUAUAUCCGACCGUCACCGCUGCCUGCGCAACAUGCCUAGCAUCCCAAAGCUAGACGAUGGCCGGAUCUACCGGAACAGCAUGCACUCCGAGUUUGUCGGAGGGGAGUUUCAUGGCGGACAGACCUUCGUUUCUGAUGGAUCGGAAAGGUCCCGGCGGUCCGAGAUCUUGGAAUGGAUAUCGACGAUUCCAUACACCAGCCACCACAGGAGUAUCAGUGAUUGUCGUCUAGACGGCACUGGUACGUGGAUCUUCGACAAGGAUGAGUAUCGCACCUGGAGAGCAUCGAACGUUUCUCUGCUGUUGUUGUUGCGAGGAAUCCCUGGAGUCGGCAAAACCUACAUUGCCUUGACAGUCGUUGAUUAUUUCCUUCGAACCCCACUCCCGGGAAAGUCGCAUACUUCUAUUGCAACCGAGCCGAGGCAAAUCGCCGAAACCCAGAGAGCAUCUUGAGCACACUUGUCCAGCAGCUUGCCCAAACAAACGAGUCUAGAGUGGACAACCUACUACAACCGGUGGUAGAUUUCUACCAAGAACGAGAACGGAAAGGGCAAAGGUCUUCGCGGCUAAGUCUUACAGAAAGCCAGGAGCUCCUCAUUCAACUCACGGACAUAUAUCCGCAGACGACAAUCUGCCUCGAUGCCUUGGACGAAGUCGACCACCGAAUCCGGAUAAAACUACUGAAGUCACUGCAGUAUGUCAUGGAAAAAUCAAAGAA